AUGUCAGACGCAGGAGAACCGUCAAAUGAGCCCGUCGUAAACAAGAACAAGGCUCACAGGAAAGAUAAACCUUGGGACACCGAGGAUAUUGACCAAGAGGAAUCGUCUUUUGCUACUCUCUUCCCAAAAUACCGUGAAAAAUAUCUACGCGAAGUAUGGAGUGCUGUAACAAAAGCUCUAGAAGCCCAUGGUAUUGCAUGUACGCUUGAUCUUGUCCACGGUUCAAUGUCGGUCAGGACUACACGCAAAACAUUCGACCCUUAUAUGAUUUUGAAAGCACGAGAUAUGAUCAAGCUCAUGGCGCGUGGUGUGGCAAUCAACCAAGCAGUCAAAGUUCUACAAGACGAUAUGGCUUGUGAUAUUAUAAAAAUCGGAAACUUGGUGCGGAAUAAAGAAAGAUUUGUGAAGCGAAGGCAGAGAAUCAUUGGACCGGAUGGAAGUACUCUGAAGGCCAUUGAACUUCUUACAAAUUGCUAUGUCCUUGUGCAAGGAAAUACCGUCAGUGUGAUGGGCCCGUUCAAAGCACUCAAAGAAGUCCGGAGAAUAGUUCUCGAUUGCAUGAAAAAUAUACACCCUAUCUACAGAAUCAAGGAACUUAUGAUCCGUCGUGAACUAGCAAAAGAUCCCAAACUCGCUGGAGAAUCAUGGGAUCGCUUCCUACCUCAGUUCCGCAAACGUCAUCUGAAGACUUCAGAAAAGACUGCCAAGAAGAACGAGAAACUUGAGGCAAAGGUGGAGGCUCGUAAAGCUGCUGGGAUCGAGACCACCGCCGAAGAGCUGGCGAGGGCGCAAGCCAAAAAGAAAGUAUAUACCCCUUUCCCUCCAGCACAAUUACCAAGAAAGGUCGAUCUUCAACUCGAAUCAGGGGAAUACUUCCUCAAGCAGUCAGAAAAAGAGGCACGGGAAAUAGCGAAGAGAAAGCAACAACAAGCGGAAACCACCGAAAAAAGGCGUGCAGAACGUGCAGAAGCCUUUAUUGCACCUGCCGAAACAACAGAGCCAACCGUUGAAGAAAAGAGGCGGCACAAGAAGCGAGCAGCUAUGGAGAUGGAAAUGGACGAUGAAGAACCUGAAGGGAUCGAAAAGUCCAAAAAGCGGAAAAAGAGAAAAGAAAAGAAGGUUGAUGAAGAAAGUUGA